AUGGCUGACGCACAGAACAUUUCUCUGGACAGCCCAGGGAGUGUAGGGGCUGUGGCAGUACCUGUGGUUUUUGCCCUCAUCUUCUUGCUGGGCACGGUGGGCAACGGGCUGGUGCUGGCGGUGCUGCUGCAGCCUAGCCCGAGUGCCUGCCAGGAGCCGGGAAGCACCACAGAUCUGUUCAUCCUCAACCUGGCGGUGGCGGAUCUCUGCUUCAUCCUGUGCUGCGUGCCCUUCCAGGCUGCCAUCUACACGCUGGACGCUUGGCUCUUCGGGGCUCUGGUCUGCAAGGCCGUGCAUCUGCUCAUCUACCUCACCAUGUACGCCAGCAGUUUCACCCUGGCUGCUGUCUCGGUGGACAGGUACCUGGCGGUGCGGCACCCGCUGCGCUCGCGGGCCCUGCGCACGCCCCGCAACGCGCGCGCCGCCGUGGGGCUGGUGUGGCUGCUGGCGCUGCUCUUCUCGGCGCCCUACCUGAGCUACUACGGCACGGUGCGCUACGGCGCGCUCGAGCUCUGCGUGCCCGCCUGGGAGGACGCGCGCCGGCGCGCCCUCGACGUGGCCACCUUCGCCGCCGGCUACCUGCUGCCCGUGGCCGUGGUGAGCCUGGCCUACGGGCGCACGCUGCGCUUCCUGUGGGCCGCCGUGGGCCCCGCGGGGGCGGGCGCGGCGGCGGCGGCGGCCGAGGCGCGGCGGCGGGCGGCGGGGCGCGCCAUGCUGGCGGUGGCGGCGCUCUUCGCCCUGUGCUGGGGCCCGCACCACGCGCUCAUCCUGUGCUUCUGGUUCGGCCGCUUCGCCUUCAGCCCCGCCACGUACGCCUGCCGCCUGGCCUCGCACUGCCUCGCCUACGCCAACUCCUGCCUCAACCCGCUCGUCUACGCGCUCGCCUCGCGCCACUUCCGCGCGCGCCUCCGCCGCCUGUGGGCCCGCGGCCCGCGCCGCCGCCAGCAGCCCCGCGCCCACGGCCCGCCCGGCGCCCGCCGCGCUCUCCGCCGCGUCCGGCCCGCGCCCACGACCGGCCCCGCCGGGGGUGCCGGGGACGCCCGAUCUCGCGGGACACUGCCCGCCCCGGGCCGCGGGGAUCCGGGGCGCCGCGGACAGGCUGCCCGGGAACCGGAAUAA